AUGACUCAAAAUAUUUACGACAAUAACAAAUUCUUUACUGAAUAUUCCGCACUUGACAGAUCCAUUCAGGGUCUUGAUGCAGCCCCAGAAUGGCCACGGCUGAGAUCUUUCAUCCCAGACCUCCAAGGCCGUGAUGUUCUUGACCUUGGCUGCGGCUUUGGAUGGUUCGCUCGCUGGGCACGAAGUACGGGUGCCAACUCGGUUCGAGCCAUCGAGAUUUCUAACAAUAUGCUCAGUCGAGCACGAGCCAUGACCAACGACACAAAAAUCAUCUUUCAACAAGCCGACCUCGACAACAUCAAACUUCCGGAACAUGGUAGCGGCAUAUACGAUGUGGUGUUUAGCUCACUCACGCUUCACUAUCUUGCCAACCUACCAGAACUCAUUCAACAAGUGUACACUGUGCUCAAGCCAGGAGGAACAUUUGUCUUUUCAAUUGAGCACCCCAUAUACACAGCGCCAACUAAAGCCGAAUUUGUCACUGAUGAAGUGUCUGGACGACAGUACUGGCCGCUUGAUAGCUACCAGAAGGAGGGCCUUCGGGUGACAGACUGGCUAGCGGAAGGCGUUCAGAAACAGCACAGGACUGUCGCUAGCUACGUCAACCUUCUUCUCAAGGGAGGGUUUCGGUUAGCAGAAUUUGAUGAGUGGUGUCCCACGCCAGAGGAGUUGGAGAAAUGUGGUUGGCACAGAGUAUUGGAAAGACCGGUUUAUCUCUUGAUUUCGGCUGUAAAAAACUGA